AUGUCAGAUUCCCCACAGCAGCACCAAUGGUCGCGUAGUGGGCGGGCUCAUCUCUGUCCACGUCUUCCGGGAAAACAACGGUUCACGAUGGGGCCCACGAGUUUGGACAAGAUCAAGGCUUUACAGAAAAACCCAGCCAACAUCAGGAACUUGUGCAUCCUGGCUCAUGUGGACCACGGAAAGACCACGUUAGCAGACUGUUUAGUGGCCAGCAAUGGGAUCAUCUCCAAUCGGCUCGUUGGAAAGCUGCGUUACUUGGACAGCAGGGAAGACGAGCAGAUCCGAGGAAUCACCAUGAAGUCCAGCGCCAUCUCUCUGCAUUACACUCACAGAGAGCAGGAGUUCUUGCUGAACCUAAUCGACUCUCCGGGUCACGUUGACUUCUCCUCUGAGGUCUCCACAGCUGUGCGACUGUGCGAUGGAGCUAUUGUCAUUGUGGAUGCAGUGGAGGGAGUGUGUCCUCAGACUCAGGCCGUGCUGCGGCAGGCCUGGCUGGAGAACAUUCGUCCCGUUUUGGUGAUCAACAAAAUCGACCGUUUGAUCCUGGAGCUGAAGCUGACGACGCUGGAGGCUCACACUCAUCUGCUGAAGAUCCUGGAGCAGGUGAAUGCAGUGACCGGGAGCCUGUUCACAUCCAAAGUGCUGGAGGAGCGAGCGGAGAAGGACAGCGAGGAGCCUGAGGGGAAGGAGCCGGAGGGCGAGGCGUGUGAGGAGCAGGUCUACGACUGGAGCGCUGGACUCGAUGAAGCCGACGACUCCAACCUCUACUUCUCUCCGGACCAGGGCAACGUAGUGUUCGCCAGCGCCAUCGACGGCUGGGGAUUCAGCAUCCAGCAGUUUGCUCAGAUCUACAGUGAUCGCAUGGGGAUCAGCGCGCGGGUGUUGCUGAAGACGCUUUGGGGAGAUUUCUACCUCAACGUCAAAGCCAAGAAGAUCAUGAAGGGAGCUCAGGCCAAAGGGAAGAAGCCGCUCUUUGUGCAGCUCGUGCUCGAUAACAUAUGGAGUUUGUAUGAAGCGGUGGUGACCAACAGGGACAAGGACAAAGUGGACAAAGUGGUGACGUCUUUAGGGGUGAAGAUACAAACCCGAGACUCGAGGAACUCUGACCCCAAAGUGCUUCUGUCGGCCAUCUGCACCCAGUGGUUACCGCUGUCCCAGGCAGUGCUCGACAUGGUGUGUGAGAGGUUGCCCAGUCCCCUGGAGGUGUCAUCGGAGAGGGUGGAGAGGCUGAUGAGUGUGGGAGCGCGCAGGUUUGACUCUUUACCGGAGCAGACUCAGCAGCUCAAAGAAGCGUUUUUGCGGUGCUCCAGUGACGAUGGCGCUCCGGUCAUUGUGUUUGUAUCCAAAAUGUUUACCGCGGACCGCAAGGCCCUGCCCCACAACCGGCAGAGGCCGCUGACCCAGGAAGAGAUCGGCCAGCGGACGGAGCUGGCGCGGCAGAGGCAUGCAGAAAAGAUGGCAGCCGAAAACCGAACUGGAUCAGUCAGAUCUGACGCCAGUCCACAAGAGGUCCAUGUUCAGCCUGAGGCCAGUACACAGGACACAUCUGCCGACAGCACUGAUGCAUCAUCCAGGAUGGAGGCUUUGGCGUUGAAGGAUCCUGCUGAGGAGAAUGAUACAUUUGUUGCUUUCGCUCGGGUCUACAGUGGAGUGGUGCGGCCCGGACAGAAGGUUUUUGUCCUGGGACCAAAGUACGACCCGGCACGAAGCCUGAGCACGCUGCCGGAGGGAUGCAGUGCCCUGUCCUCCUUCGUCCCGGAGAUCCCACACCUGUCCCUCUGCACCCUGGGGGGUCUCUACCUGCUCAUGGGAAGGGAGUUGGAGCAGCUGGAGGAGGUGCCGUCGGGUAACGUGCUAGGAAUUGGAGGGCUUGAAGAGUUUGUGCUGAAGUCUGCCACUCUGUCCACCUCUCCGGCCUGUCCUCCCUUCACGCCUCUCAACUUUGAGGCCACACCCAUUGUUCGCGUUGCCAUCGAGCCCAAGCAUCCAAGUGAGAUGCCGAAGCUGGUCCGGGGGAUGCGACUGCUGAACCAGGCUGACCCAUGUGCUGAGGUCCUGAUCCAGGAGACUGGAGAACAUGUGUUAGUGACCGCUGGAGAGGUCCAUCUGCAGCGCUGUCUGGACGACCUGAGGGAAAGAUUUGCUAAGAUCGAGAUCAGUGCCUCGGAGCCCAUUAUCCCGUUCAGGGAGACGGUGGUGCGUCCUCCCAAAGUGGACAUGGUGAACGAGGACCUGGGCCGGCAGCACAAAGUGGCCAUUAUUCACCAGGUGAAGGAGGACUCGUCUCAGAGCCGUUGCUCCCACACGCCCCAUGUGGACUCCACUGGUCUGGUCACUCUCACCACUCCCAACAGACUGGCCACCGUCAGCAUCCGGGCCAUCCCUCUGCCUCAGGAGGUGACCUGUUUGCUGGAGAGCAGAGCAGAACUGAUCCGGACCCUAGAGCAGCUGAACCUUUCGCUGAGGGAAGGCCGCGCUCUGGAGGUGAGUCCGCGGACGCUGGAGGAGGUCGCAGACUUGAAGCAGCGUCUAGAGGAUCUCCUGCAGGGGCACCGCUGGAGGAACGUGGUGGAGCACAUCUGGGCAUUCGGGCCGCGCAGAUAUGGGCCGAACAUCCUUCUGAACAGUGUGGAGUCGUACCAGCGCCCUUCAGUGUGGCAGUGUCUGAGCUCUGCAGACAGAAGCCAGAACUCCCUCAGAGACUUGGACAACAGCAUCGUCAGCGGCUUCCAGCUCGCCACCCUGUCUGGUCCCUUGUGCGAGGAGCCACUGAUGGGAGUCUGCUUCUCUGUGGAGUGCUGGGACCUGCUGGCCCCCCCCACACACCUAGACUCUAUGGAAGAAGAACCCAGGUCUCAGGAUGCACCAGGGGACAGUGGAGGCCCAGGGGAGAGUCAGGCCAGGCGCAGGGCUGAGGGAGACUGCUACGGCCCUGUGUCUGGCCAGCUCAUAGCGGCGACCAAAGAGGCGUGUCGACAGGCGUUCCAGGCCCAGCCCCAGAGGCUGAUGGCAGCGAUGUACACGUGUGAGAUCAUGGCCACCGCCGAGGUGCUGGGGCGGGUGUAUGGCGUGCUGGGGAAGCGAGAAGGCCGUGUGAUGCAGGAAGAGAUGAAGGAGGGCACCGACGUCUUCAUCAUUAAAGCCAUUCUUCCGGUCGCAGAGAGUUUUGGCUUCGCAGACGAGAUCCGCAAAAGAACCAGCGGCCUGGCAAGUCCUCAGCUGGUCUUCAGCCACUGGGAGGUGAUCAGCAGUGACCCUUACUGGGUACCGACCACUGAGGAGGAGUACCUACACUUUGGGGAGAAAGCCGACUCGGAUAACCAGGCUCUGAAAUACAUGAACGCAGUGAGACGGCGAAAAGGUUUGUACGUGGAGGAGAAGCUCGUGGAGCAUGCGGAGAAGCAGCGCACGCUCGGAAAGAACAAGUGA